GUAACAUUGCCUUGCGUUGGUCCUUGAAUCGCUCGCAGCAACGGCAGCGCAGCCGAUGUUCACCUCCAUUGCCGCCCAUUCCCAUUCCCUUCUCAUCCCAUCCCAUCCCCAUCAACCUGAACAUGCUCGUACCCACUGUUAGAUCUAACCCCCACCAAAAUCUGCCUCUACCUCUACCUACCUCUGCCAGUGCCCACGGCCAGCUUCUUCCUCCAAACAUUAUUGUCGUAGCCAUCGCACUUCUGUGAAUAGUUGCAUAUCCAUCACCAUCCUCUCCCUCGUCCCAUCGCUGAGCCUAGACAAUUACUGGAGCCUGAGCCAUACUGACAUUGACAUUGACACCGACACCGACCAACCAUCGCCAGACAGCACCACCACCGCCUCCAGGACAGGCGAUACGAAACAGAAAGCGCAGCGCAGGUCAGGUCAGGGCGCGUCAUCACAGACCAUUCGCACUCGGAAAAGUAUCGCAAAACACCAUACUCUACACACACACAAUGAACGGCAGCAGCGCGCUGGCGCAGGCGGCCAUCCAGAAGGCAAAACAGGGAGUUGCAAACGUUUCCAAUGGCGCUGCCGCCACCAAGAAGCGGAAGAAGGAACUAAAGCCCAUAAUCACCACCGAGGGGCAGCAGGAUGCGGACAUGUUAGCAUCGUCGAACCAAGGGUAAGUUGUAGUCUCAGUCUCCGUCUCCGUCGCCUCUCCUCUCCGUCUCCCAAAAGACGCCUCAUUUCCUAGUGUCGUUAUUCGUUACUCGACGGUCGCCGUCAUUUCCCCUCCAUUCCCCCUCGUCUCAUCCCAUCCCACCAUCCCAUCGACCAGCCAGCAGCAUCAGAAUCAUCCAGCGCUCGCCGGCACCACCACAGUCAAACGUCGCCAUCGCCUUCCCAGGCCUCUCCCGUCGCCAGCGUCCAGGACAGUCGACCGUCGACCUCGACCUCGACCUCGACGACAUCAUCCCACGGGGACUGGGCUACGGUACUUUCCUAGAUUCACGGGCGUCCUGCGCGGUCGGCGCCCCGCAAAACAAUUGA